GUUCAGAGCGCAUUGAUGUUAAUGUAAACAUUCACUUUCGAGCUAACUGUUGUGAAAGGCAGAUGGAUUCCCCGGACAGGGAUAACUUCUUUGAUAAAUUUGUUGACAGAAGAAAGAUUUUUGAUAAACAAGAUUGCAUUCAAUGCUUUCAACGUUACGACAUUGACAGAGAUGGCUUUCUGAAUAAGAAGGAGUUUCACCAGUUACUGAAUGAUGUGUUCUGUGAUGGCUCACAGUCCUACAAGCUCACUGAGGCACAGGAGGGGGAAAUUCUUACUCUCCUAGACCAAGACCAGGAUGGAAAAAUCAGUAAAGCUGAGUUUCUUGGAAACUGCUACUACUGGCUAAAACAGAUUUUACAGCCCAGCUCUGCUCUGAUUGUGGUUGAUGUACAGAAUGAUUUCCUGGAUGGAAACCUCGCACUUCGUAACUGUCCCGCAGGUCAGGAUGGGUUAGGGGUCAUUCCUGCCAUUAACUCUCUCCUUGAGACAGUGAACUUUGACCUUGUAGUGUAUACCAGAGAUUGGCACCCUGCAGACCACAUAUCAUUUGCAGAAAACAAGCACAUUAGACCUUUCCAUUCUUCAAGCCAAAUUUCUCAGAAAGAAGCCAAGGUUCAUGACACAGUGAUAUUUGAGGGAUCCUCCAUUACUGAGCAGAAACUAUGGCCCACUCAUUGUGUUCAGGGAAGCUGGGGAGCUGAACUGCACACAGAUCUCAAGGUCCCAGAUGACAGCAUCUUUGUGGAUAAAGGGAAGAAUCCUGAUGUGGACAGCUACUCAGCAUUCUGGGAUAACAACAAACAAUCACAGACAGAACUGGUCCAGAUCUUAUCUAAACGUAACAUUACUGAUGUCUAUGUCUGCGGAGUGGCCUAUGAUGUCUGUGUAGGUUUUACAGGGUUAGAUGCAGUGGACCAUGGAUUUAGGGUGAUUGCUCUGGAUGAUGCUUGUCGUGGUGUGGAUGUGCAGCACAUAGAAGACAUGAAGAAAUCACUCCAAGACAAAGGAGCCAUUAUUAUAAAUACCUGCAAGGUGAAGGACAUUGUAGAGGGAUCUGACCGUCCUCCAAAGCUUGGGCUCCAGACUGCACGAAAUGUGGCCCUGGCACGAACAUUAGUUAAUAACAAUAAGGUUCUCCCAACGUAAUUAUCUCCCUUUCAGUUCAUGUCUUCUGUUAAGAGUCUGUGUUGUUAGUAACAUUCAUCCUGAGCCUUGUGUACAAGUGCAAUGUUGACUUUUGUCUGUGUCACUUUCUUUGUGGAUCAUUAAUGUUUGUUUUUCUUUUGGUAUUUCAGAAUGUUUUGAUUGCAUACAGUUCAAAUUAAAAUAGUUGCUAAUUUACUUUAGGAAGUUGGAAGUUUAAGAGAUGCUAGUGAAUGAUGUUUCUAGUCAUAAACUUUCAUAAUCUCUUUUAAAUGAGGUUUUAUUUCUGUUCAUGGAUAUAAAGGUUUUUAUAGUUACAUAUACCUUAAUUAUUUUAAAAGUCCAGCUAACAUUUUUUGGUUAGUGAAUUUUUGUUUAUUAAUUUGUACACACACACCCAUAUAUAUUACAAUCUUAUACUUAAUAAGCAUGAUGGCAUGUCAAUUUAUAUUUUUAAAAAUGAUAUAUUGCCUAAUUGUAUUUUAAAUUUUUUUUCUGACACAGCCACACUGUAUUUAUUUUUAAAGGGUUACAUGUUCAGAGAAGUAAAUGAAAGGAUGAUGUUAAUAAAUGUCAGGAAAAUAGAUAUACCAUAUAACAAGGUAUUUUAGUGACAUUCAAAUUUAGUGAUUUUAUCCUAAAAUUGGGCAUUUAUUAUUAGUCCCCUACCGGUGAAACUGGAGGGGACUAUAGGUUUUUAUCAUGGUGAAUAAGAAUUUUUAACAAUUUACAAGAUAAAUUUAUUUAUUAUCUCGGACAAUAUUUAUGAAUGAAUUAUUAGCUAGAUUUAUUUUUACCAUUGCCAAGACCAUUUCUAAUUAUGCCAAAAUUUGAUGAUCAUGAAUAGUUCCUGUUAUAUGGUAUCAUAUCCUUUGAUAUUUAUUAGAUUACUAGUAUUCACCCACCUCAGUUAUUCUAGAUCUGAUUUCACUUGUUUCAUAUCAGUUUUUUUUAAUCCUCUGAAUUUUGUUUUUUUAUUAGAUUAAUACAACCUCCUCUUAUAUUAGGAUUCACAUUAACUAAAUA